AUGCUGGUGAUCCUGCUGAACUGCGUCACGCUGGGCAUGUACAGGCCGUGCAUCGACGACCCCUGCACUACCAACCGCUGCAAGAUACUGCAGAUAUUCGACGAUUUUAUAUUCGCCUUCUUCGCACUGGAGAUGUCUGUGAAGAUGAUUGCGAUGGGGGCCUAUGGGAAGGGGACGUACCUCGCCGAUACCUGGAACUGGCUGGACUUUUUCAUCGUCAUCGCUGGGGCACUGGAGUACUGCCUGAACGUGGAGAACAUGAACCUGUCCGCCAUCCGGACCAUCCGCGUGCUGCGACCUCUGCGCGCUAUCAACAGGAUACCAAGCAUGCGCAUCCUGGUGAUGCUGCUGCUGGACACGCUGCCGAUGUUGGGGAACGUGCUGCUGCUGUGCUUCUUCGUCUUCUUCAUCUUCGGCAUCGUGGGCGUGCAGCUGUGGCAGGGCAUCCUGCGCCAGCGCUGCUUCCCCAAGACCCCGCCGAACGUCACGCUGCCCAAGUGA